GUUAAUACGUGCACAUGUUACUUCAUGCUGAAUUAAUUUGUCAUUGUGCGGAUUCGAAGACUUUGCAGUAGCGUAACUUUGAAAUAGCAACACCUCGUGAAGCCAUGCCUUCAGUCCCCUCCACCAAAGAGAAUCCUGCUUUGGGCCCAGUGUGUCCCUUUAAAGCAGGGAAGGGUAAAACCCUAAAGGAGGUCAAGAUCCAGGACAAUGCCAAUGAUGUGGACGGAGCCAUUAAGCUGGAGGGGGCAAAGAACGUUGCAGAGAGGAACUGGAUCAGACCGGACCUGGAGAGUCGCUGCACCUGGAAGCUGGGCAUAUCGCAUGCGGACUCCCCACACACUCAGUGGCUCAGGAGCACUCCACCGAGUAUCCUGCCAAACAUCCUCCAGAGAAUCGGUGAUACCCCUCUUGUUCGCAUGAACAAACUGCCCAAGACCUUUGGACUCAAGUGUGAACUUUUGGCAAAGUGUGAAUUCUUUAAUGCUGGGGGAAGUGUAAAGGACCGGAUCAGUUUGCGAAUGGUGGAUGAUGCAGAGAAGGCAGGGCUGCUUAAGCCAGGAGACACCAUCAUAGAGCCCACAUCUGGAAACACAGGUAUUGGACUGGCCCUGGUGGCAGCUGUAAAGGGUUACCGAUGCAUCAUUGUGAUGCCGGAGAAGAUGAGUAUGGAGAAGGUGGACGUCUUGAGGGCUUUGGGUGCGGAGAUUGUCCGUACUCCGACCAGCGCCCGCUUCGACUCCCCGGAAUCUCAUGUCGGUGUGGCCUGGAGGCUGAAGAAUGAGAUUCCCAACUCCCACAUCCUGGACCAGUACCGCAAUCCCAGCAACCCUCUGGCCCACUACGACACCACCGCUGAGGAGAUCCUGGAGCAAUGCGGUGGUAAAAUUGACAUGUUGGUGUUAGGAGCUGGCACAGGGGGCACGAUCACUGGUAUUGCCCGCAAGCUGAAAGAGAGAUGUCCAAACGUCAAGAUUAUUGGUGUGGACCCAGAGGGCUCCAUCCUGGCUGAACCAGAGGCGCUGAAUAAGACAGAUAAGACCCAGUAUGAGGUUGAAGGCAUUGGUUAUGACUUUGUCCCAACUGUGCUGAACAGAUCUAUAGUGGAUGGCUGGUACAAGGCAAAUGAUGAGGAGUCAUUUACCAUGGCACGGAUGCUUAUCAGAGAUGAGGGACUGCUCUGUGGUGGCAGCUCGGGCACAGCGAUGGCAGCAGCAGUGAAGAUGGCGAAGGAGCUGAAAGAGGGUCAGCGGUGUGUGGUGCUCCUGCCUGACUCCAUACGCAACUACAUGUCCAAGUUCCUGAGUGAUAAAUGGAUGGUGCAGAAAGGUUUUCUGAGGGAAGAGGACAUCAUGGUAAAUAAACCCUGGUGGUGGAAUCUGAAAGUGCAGAACUUGAGGCUGUCUGCUCCCUUGACCGUGCUGCCUACAGUCACCUGCCAGAGGACCAUCAAGAUCCUAAAGGAGAAGAGCUUCGACCAGGCCCCUGUGGUGGAGGAGACAGGGCUGAUCCUGGGUAUGGUCACUCUUGGUAACAUGCUGUCCUCAGUAUUGGCUGGGAAGGUGAAACCGUCCGACCCUGUCAGCAAAGUACUCUACAAGCAGUUCAAACAGGUCAAACUCACAGAUAACCUUGGGAAGCUGUCCGGUAUCCUGGAGACAGACCACUUUGCCCUGGUGGUGCACGAACAGAUUCAGUACCUGACUGAUGGCUCUCCCAGCCUAAGGCAGAUGGUCUUUGGUGUGGUGACCGCCAUUGACCUGCUCAACUUCGUCACAGUGCGAGAGAGGAGGUCCCUGUCCGAAUGCAUAGAUGAAUCGUCAGACAUUCAGUGACCUCACUUCCUUCACGUCAUUGGUGGAAGUGGGCAUUUUUUUGAAAGAUCAGAAAGUAAAAGUCCUAUCCUUGCUAUUGCUUCUCCCAUACAGCAGGUCAGCUAUUUUCAGCAAUUCUACCCCCUGAUGCUGCUAAAGCUGAUUAGCAAAUUCAGCUCACUUACAAAUGGAAAAAGAAAAGCUGAUUUAAGUUGUUGGGAAAAGAUCAGAACAUCCCCUGGAAAUAGUAGGCUCUGUAAUCAAAGGCAACAUGACGGAUCAUUAGCGGUUAUUAGUCACUCCCUUCAGUGACUGCUUGUAUGGCUAAUUGUGCCCAUUGAUCUAUUUGCAUUGAACUGCAAAUAGUUCACAUUAUCCUUUGAUGAGUAACAUUGCAUUGAAGUUAUAGGUACAUGCACUGUAAAAGCGUGAUUUAUUUGUGAUUAUGUUCAUUUAAACUGCACUAAUGAUUAUUCUAAAAGUGUAUUGGAAGGUCCAAUGUAUUGGGGCAGUCUAGUGUCUCAACAGACUUAGAACUUCAGUUAAAUACAUAGGGGAGUCCUGGUUAGUUGAAGUGUUUUUUUAACUGAAAAACUGAAUGUCUGUUUUCUAACCUGUGCAUGUUUUGUGUUUUUCAAAAUGUACAGAAGUCUAUAUUUCAAUUGUAUCCGAGGUGUAAUGUAUCUUCUUUUUGCUAUCUCAUUCUCCCUGAAGUGAGAAAAUGUUCAUAAUGUUGUGCUGAUAUUACAUUGUCUGGUCUUUUAGAAAUUAUGUCUUAAUAUUUAAAGGGCACAGUCUUACGGAACUUGAUAUGAUCAUUAAACUAUAUUCAUUAAA